AUGAACCCUGACGACGAAAAUGACCGGUCCUCCUCGACCCCCACAGCGGCGUCUAAGUCUGUGUCGGGCCAGGAUAAGGAGAAGCCUCGUUUGACCGACCAAGAGAAGAAGAACAAUCACAUCGCAUCUGAACAGAAGCGCCGUGCCGCAAUCAGAGAGGGCUUCGAUCGCCUAACAGAAUUGGUCCCUGGUCUGGAGGGACAAGGUCGCAGCGAGAGCGUUGUCUUGCAAAAGACAGUGGAUUUCAUGCAUCUGAAGCUGCAAGAGCGACAUAACCUCAUUGCCGAGGUUGAAAGAAAAGGCGGCCAUGUGGACGACUCGCUGCGCCCUUCAUAG